AUUUAUUCAUGUAAUAGUAUUCACAUUAAUUUUUAAACUGAGUCACUCUACAGAGGCAUUUGUUCCCUCCGCCGUGUCGGAGAUUAUAGAGCUGCCAUUGUCAUCCUGUCCUCCCUUUCAUUGCUCUGGUAUUGGCAUUUCAGGAUGGUUGAGUUCUCAGUAAGUAAUGCUAGAUAUACUUAUGUGCAUGACCAGGAAAAUCCCUCUCAAAAUGCUGACAUGCACCAUAUAGUUCUGAGGAGGAGUGGUUCAAAAUAUUUUUUUGUGUAUGCCUCAGCACUUCUUGUCUUAGCAUGUGCAAUCUAUCUGUGUUUUCUUGAGGAAAAAUCGAUCAGUCUUGUGUAUUACAGCUUGUUUUUUGACAUAUUUCUUGUCAAGUUGUUACUUCGGAAGGCUGUUAAUAAAGAGUCUGUUGUGAUUAUGCCGGGUUUUGGAGUACAACUUGAGACUCACUAUAUGAGUGGAGAAGUCAUCCGAAGCUUUGUCCCCGUUGACAAGAUUCUAAAACCUGUUUUACUAGAAUGUGUGACUCCGGUAACUUGCUACUGGACUCUAUCCUUGAUUGUUUGCGACGAGUCUGAAAUGGUGUUAGUUUUCAAGAAUAUGAGACCACCAAUUAAAAUGCUAGUUCAUGUUUGGAAGGCUUUGUGUGCUGCAACUGAUAAUAAAGAAGAGACUUGUACAGUGCAAAGUAGAUGAUGGAUGGCUAUGAGUUCCUUAUACUCCUGGAUUCACGAAAAGUUACAGCUACGAUUAUACUGGUUCUGGACUCACUGAUAGGAGCUCAAGACUCAAGUUUAUAGUUUGGACUUUGGAAUGUAAUGGCCAAUUGACUUUAUGACUGUUAGAGAAAGUGUUUUUUCAUCUCUCAGACAGUGUCUUGAAACUAAGAUAUACGUACAGGUUCAUACAUGAUAGUGAUUAGUGGCCAUAUCCUAGGAUGGUAACAUUACCUUCUGGAUUCCUUGCUAAGAGUGCGUCUUUUACCUUUUGAAAAUGAAUUUCUUAAAGUGAA